CCUAAAUUUGUUCCCUUGGCUAAUAAGCUUAGCCCAUGCUGAGCAGGUUUUAGUCCUGCAGGUUGUUAUAGUGGGCACUGGUUAGCCCGCAGUGGUCAGUGAGAGGAACCAGAGCAGAGGAGUGGAUCUGAGAAGAGGCAAAGCUGCAGCAAAUGCUUCAGCACUCCUCUGUUUGCCUAACAGGACCACCACUGCUUGUGCCGGCACUGCGGCUGGGACAGCUCUCUCUCUCCCCCUCCUCCCUUCUAUCCUGCCUCUCUCUAAUACUACCUGACUCCUCUCCCUCCCUCUCUGCCUGAACCGGAGCACUGACAGAGUACUUCUGUAGCUGCAUCACCUCUCAGUCAGCUGUCUCGUCUUUCUUUCUUUCUUUCUUUCACUUCUUUUCUGUCUUAAAAUCUCACCUGAUACUGUUGCCAAAAUGUACCGGAACCCAUGGAUUUCAAAUUACCUGAGUCACGUCAAGUUCUGCAGCCAAGGAAUUGGGAGUGAGAGCCCUAUUAAACUAAGCAAUCCCAGAUUGCUACAGAAGAGAGCACUGAGCUUCCAGAAAGAAUUCUCCUUUGACGAAAAAGACGACCCAGCCAAAAGCGCCAAGGAUAUAGAUAUUAGUCUCUUGGCCAAUCUCCCCAAAGUGUCUGAAUUGAGGAAACUAUUUGAGGGCAUUACCACAAGCACAAGUGACUGGGAAAUGAACAGAAAGGAGCGCAUUGCUCGACGGUUGGAGGGAAUAGAGGGUGAGGUGCAUCCAUCUCUGCUGCCUACCUUGGUGGCUAACCGGCUUCUGGAGGAGGACACUCCACGAUACACUAGGGCCUCUGACCCUUGUGAGCCCUGUGCUGUUACAGUCCAGCGGUAUGGCAUAGAGGGAUUUGAAAGCCCAGAAAUGCAGCUGAAGGCUCCAGAACGCCAGUCCAGAGCUCGGUGCAGGCCUGACCCUCAGUCGUUCGUCCACACUGAACCAGUUCACAGUUUGGGUCCUACCACAUAUGCUCCAGAGUUGGAGUCCAAGGCUGAACGCAUUGCCCGCUACAAGGCAGAGCGACGCCGGCAGCUGGCCGAGCGCUAUGGCAUCUCUUUGGAUCAGGAACCUGACUUGGACCAUCACUCACGCUACCCCCGCUCUCAGAAAGAGUCAGACUGCUCAGAGAGACGUAACAGAGGGGAGAUGGUGGGAGAGGAAGGCAGAGAUAUCACCUUAAGUGCUUACACCAGCACCUUAGCCACUAGUCCAAGGGCAGGCCGUUCAGCACCACCACAUGGCCACCUGGACACAGGCUGUGACAUCGGUCGAACCAGGGUGGAGUUGUUCUCGGAGAGGGAGAGGCUGAUGAACCUGGAGAAUCAGCGCAGGGCUGCGCCGCCCGAGCCUCCAUCCUCUUCUUCAUACAUGGAUGUGACAUCAUCGUCCUCCCCUGUUAAGGUGCCUGCGAAGGACUACACAAUGACAGGCAUACCACCCAGUUCACCCAAGCUGGGCAGGCACCCCUCCCUCUCCUCGCCUAAACAUGGGGUGUCUCCUGGAGACCUGUUCAUUGAGCAGCAGGCCCACAACAUCCUCAGCAGACAGGGAAUCAGAGUUAGGGAGAGGCUUGUCAGGGAGGAGGGCUGCCAGAAGAGCCCAGAGUCUGGACAUGUUACAGAAGCCCCGGUGUAUCGCAGACAAUUUCAGCACCAGCCCCAGGCUUCUACACGCUACCAUUCAGACCCACCGGGCCCACAGCAGGCCUACUCCCACUCCCACCAGCAUCCACAAGUUCAGCACAGCCGGUUUGGUCCACAGGGAGGACAAGAAGUUGGCGGCUACCCCAGUUAUUUGUCCAUGACUUCAGGUCCCACAUCCAGAACUGGGCAGCAGCAACAGCAGGUCCAAGAGGAAGAGGCUGGUGAAGCUGAGGAGGUCAAGACAGAGGGCCUUCUGAGGAGCAGAAAAGCAGUCCUGCCUUCAGAGAUCCGGCGCAGGGAAAGGAGCACAGAAGACCCACGAAGAGGAAUAGGGGAGGAGGAGCUGGGCAUGUACGGGGUGCAAAAGGAUGCUGAGGUAGAGGAACCUGUGAGAGGAGGACUUAGAAGCAGACCUAUGUGGGAGGAAGCCGAGUACACCUCCCAUCUGCAGGCAGCAGAGAGUCGACCCAGAGAGUGGGAAAGUGCUAUUUAUGGCCACAAAAGACUAGCUGCGAUCAACAAUCAGCCCAGAUCGUCUCACGCAGGUUCAGGAAGCUCCACCUCCACCAUAGCCCUGAGCCGCUCUGUGUCCGAUGCUGGGAAUCAGCGAGGGCCCAAUCAAAGGAGCUUGCAGCACCAAAGUCAGGAACCCCGAGAGGUCAGGGAAGAGGAAAGUUUGAAUAAUGGAGAGAGUCACCAGGACACCAGGGUGUCUGUUGCCCAGCUCAGGCAUUCAUACAUGGAGAGCACCGCCACUCCUCCAACCAGCCGCAGGAAUGAGCUUGAGGUGGAGGAGCACAGGGUACUCACAGGCUACGAGGCCCCAUGGAGAGGGGAAAGGGACAGGGGGCGCAGGCCCCGGCAGUAUAUCUAUCCCGGGGAGAGUAGAAAGACCUCAGAGAGGUUUAGGACACAGCCCAUCACUUCUGCUGAGCGCCAUGAAACUGAUAGGUCUUGUGUGAAUUCAGACUUUGCUUCGACUGAAGCUGAUGAAGAGAAGCUAGAUGAACGGGCCAAGCUGAGCGUCGCAGCUAAGCGCUCCCUCUUUAAGGAACUGGAAAAGAGUGUUGAUGGUGGAGCUCCUAAACCCCGGUCCAGGAAUGCAGCUGUGGACCGGAGACUAAGACGGACACAAGAUCGAUCCAGAACUCAGCCAGUCACCACUGAGGAAGUGGUCAUUGCAGCCACCGUCUCUUCUCACGUGUCACAAACGGUGACCACUCACACCGCUGUAGCACGCGUCCCUAGCCCCACCCUAGUUUACAGCACUGCCCCACCAUCCAGCCUGCAGGCAUCCUCUCAGAAGAGCGCUGUUGCCCGUGAGCAAGUAAGGGAGGCCCAGCGGGUAAAGGAUACCAAGGAGAUCCGGGCUUUGACACAGACUUCCCCAAUGAAAGAAAAACAUGAGAAGCAGAGUCAGGAGGAGCCUGACCUCUGCUCCCUCAGCCUGGCUGAAAAGAUGGCGCUGUUCAACCGGCUGGCUCAGCCUCCAACCAGGGUCACCCACACAAGAGGGGGGGCACGCCAGCGCAGGACCAACGCUCGCUACCAGACGCAGCCCAUCACGCUGGGAGAUAUGGAACAGCUUCAGAACGGUUCAGGCUCUCGGUUCGGACACCUCUCUUCCUCAUCCUCUUCUGCACUCAGAGCAGGAGUUACAGUCUCCAGUGACCAAGCGGGAGACAUCCACAUAGCCACAGCAACCUGUGUCGAGCCCACCUAUCCCAGCUCUGACAGGUGUCUGCCCCCUCGCCACCCAGACGGGCCAGUCAGGAGGCCCCAAGACUCCUCAGACCAGCAUAAGUAUCACAUUUUGCCCCACAGUGAGGACCAAGCUGAUCUAGGAGGGGGAAAGAGGAAGUUGCCCUCUCCUGAGAGAGCAGUCAGACAGACCGCGCUGCCCCAGCCACAGAGUGGAAGGGAGAGGAGAGGAGAGGAGGAAGGAGCAGAGGAGGUGCAGCAGCAGCGGCGACUGUCCAGAGGGAUAGAAGAGGAAGCUGUGCGGAGCUCAGAGAGCCACAUGCUCCAAGAGGAGAACCACAAGAGCAGGGCCACCAGCGAAGAGGUGCCAGAAUCCCCUGUGGUAACAUCCAGAGCAACAUCUGGUUUGCCUGUAUCAGGGGACACGGACAGCAGUGGACACCCAGCCGACCCGGUUCAGCCUGAGCAGGGAGACGAACUGAGCGACAGGAUGACGGCCAGACACAUGUCCAUCAAAGAGAGAGUCGCCUUGUUGAAGAAGAGCGGCGAGGAAGACUGGAGGAACAGGAUCAAUAAGAAGCAGGAUGUGGUGAAGAUCGCUGUGGGCGAGCAGCACGCUCAGCUCUGGGAGGUGGAGCAGAGCUUCAAGAAGAAGGAUGAUGAAACACUGAUGAUGAUCGAUGGGUUUGCUGUGUCCGACCAGCUCUGGGAGCCAGUGUUUGCUGCUACUUUCUCUCCUCCUCCCGAGUCUCCUUCCAAUACGUCUGAAUCAGCCAGCCAGGCCACCAGAUCUCGCAGACCUCUGCAGGUGGAUGACAGACACCCCUGGAGACGGAAGAGAUUAGCAGAGACUGAGAUGGAGUCCCAGAGGAUCGAGGCUCACAUGUCCAUUGAGGAGAGGAAACAGCUGAUCGUGGCCCAAGAGGAGGCCUGGAAAACCAAAGGCCACGGAGCCGCCAACGACUCGACCCAGUUCACUGUGGCUGCACGCAUGGUGAAGAAAGGUCUGGCCUCCCCUGCUGCUCUUCAGGCUCCUGUGCUUUCUAAACCAAAGAACGGCAGCGUUGCCAUUUCUAAACCACAGGACGAGAUCAAGGCCAUGCCAGACCUGAACCUGGAGUCAGACAGGAAGCUGGAUAAACUGGAGUCAUUCCUAGGCAAACUCAACAAUAAAGUGUCUGGACUGCCAGAAGCAACCAUCUCAGUGACAGAGAAGAAGGUAAAGGAAGUGAUGACGCUCGAAGAUGAAACUUUUUCCAAGUUCUACCGCCAAGUUGAGGAACUUCCCUCCAUCACCAAUAAGGUGGAGAUAGAUGACGACUUCGAUGCCAUCUUCGGUCCUCAGGUGCCAAAGCUGACCUCAGAGAUGGUACAGCACAGGAGGGCAGUGCGCCCUGCGCGUAACGUCCAGUCAUCCAAGAACCCUCUGAAGAUGCUGGCUGCCAGGGAGGAUAUCAGACACGAGUACACAGAGCAGAGGCUCAACAUCGGCCUGCUGGAGAGCAAAAGGAUGAAAGCUGAGAAGAUGAAUAAAAACUCCAGUUUCUCUGAAGUGGCUCUAGCUGGUCUGGCCAGCAAGGAGAACUUCAGCAAUGUCAACCUGCGCAGCGUCAACAUCUCAGAGCAGAUGUCCAACAACAGCGCUGUGCCUUACAAGAAACUCAUGCUCUUGCAGGUCAAAGGCCGACGGCACAUCCAGACCAGGCUGGUGGAGCCGCGAGCGUCCUCUCUGAAUAGCGGCGACUGUUUCCUGCUCAUCACGCCACACCAGUGCUUCAUCUGGAUCGGAGAGUUCGCCAAUGUCAUUGAGAAGAGCAAGGCUUCAGAGUUGGCUAAUUUCAUCCAGAGCAAAAGAGAUUUGGGUUGCCGAGCCAACUAUGUCCAGGUCAUCGAAGAGGGCAUCAACACCCGCAGCCACGCUGUCAAGGAGUUCUGGAACAUCCUGGGAGGGCAGUCGAGUUAUCAGUCUGCAGGAACACCAGAUGAAGACGAGCUGUAUGAGGGCGCCAUCGUGGAGACCAACUGCAUUUAUCGCCUGAUGGAUGACAAACUGGUCCCAGAUGAUGAUUUUUGGGCCAAGAUGCCUCGUUGUUCUCUCCUUAACCCCAAGGAGGUUCUGGUUUUUGACUUUGGCAGUGAGAUGUACAUUUGGCACGGGAAGGAAGUGACUUUGGCACAGAGGAAGGUGGCUUUCCAGCUGGCAAAGCACUUGUGGAAUGGCACCUUCGACUAUACAAACUGUGACAUCAACCCGUUGGACCCAGGAGAGUGUAACCCACUCAUACCCAAAAAAGGCCAGGGCCGACCUGACUGGGCAGUGUUUGGCAGGCUGACUCAACACAAUGAGACCACCCUGUUCAAAGAGAAGUUCCUGGACUGGAGUGACUCCAGGAAAACUCCCAGUCCCAUAAAAAACACCAGUGAUCACAGUACUGAUCAAAGGGAACACCCCACCAGUGAUCAGCCCUGUGCGUACAAUGCCUCACUGAUGCUGACCCUCCAUCUGACACCUGUCUACACCAUCCUGGAUGGCUUCAAUGUGGGCCGGGGCUACGGCUUGGUGGAGGCAGAGGAGUGGCGCAGCUACGAGAUAAGCACUCUGGCAGCGGAGGUGUGGCACAUCCUGGAGUUCGACUACAGCCGCCUGCCACGCCAGAGUAUUGGCCAGUUCCAUGAGGGUGACACCUAUGUGGUGAAGUGGAAAUACAUGGUCAGCACUGCAGUUGGGAAGAGACAGAACCCGGAGCAGCUGAAAACGACAGGAGCCGGGAAGGAGAAGUGCUGCUACUUCUUCUGGCAGGGCCGCAACUCCACCGUCAGCGAGAAGGGAACGUCUGCACUCAUGACGGUGGAGCUGGACGAGGAGCGUGGAGCACAGGUUCAAGUCCAGCAGGGGAAGGAGCCUCCGUGUUUCCUGCAGUGCUUUAAAGGAGGGAUGGUCAUCCACUCAGGAAAGAGAGAGGAGGAGGAGAACUCACAGAAUGAUUGGCGUCUGUAUUGUGUGCGUGGGGAGGUGGAGGUAGAGGGCCAUCUACUGGAGGUGGCCUGUCACUGCAGCAGCCUGCGCUCCAGAGUGUCCAUGGUGCUGCUUAGUGUUACCCAGGCUCUCAUCUACCUGUGGCACGGCUGCAAGUCUCAGCUGCACACACGGGAGGUGGCGCGCACUGCUGCCAACAACAUCAAAGAGCAUUGUCCUUUGGAAACAGGUCUGCACAGCAGCAGCAAGGUCACCAUCCAGGAAUGUGAUGAGGGAGCAGAGCCCACAGGUUUCUGGGAAGCCCUCCGGAGGCGGGACAGGAAAGCCUACGACUGCAUGCUACAAGAUCCCGGCAGGUUUAAUUUCACACCUCGUCUGUACCAGCUGAGCAGCAGUUCAGGAGAGUUUGCAGCUGUGGAAUUUCUCUAUCCAGCCAGAGACCCCAAGCAGGUCAAUUCCAUGCCGUUCCUGCAGGAGGACCUGUAUGCAGCUUCCCAACCAGCCUUGUUCCUGGUAGACAACCAUCAUGAGGUGUACCUGUGGCAGGGCUGGUGGCCUCAGGACAGUGAAAGCACUGGCUCAGCCCGAAUCCGCUGGGACUCAGACAGGAAGUGUGCCAUGGAGACAGUGCUGCAGUACUGCAGAGAAAAGAAUGAGAAGAAGCCUCCCAAAGCGUAUCUGAUCCACGCUGGUCUGGAGCCACUCACCUUCACCAACAUGUUUCCCAGCUGGGAGCACAGAGAGGACAUCGCUGAGAUCACUGAGCGGGAGGCAGAAGUGUGUCAUCAGAUUAUCCUGGUGGAGGAUGUGUUGGCCCGGCUCUGUAAGACCACAUAUCCGCUGGCAGAUCUAUUAGCACGGCCGCUGCCUGAGGGAGUGGACCCCCUCCGCCUGGAGGUCUACUUGAAUGAUGAGGACUUCCAGGGUGUGGGGGCUUAUGGGAAGAGAGCCCUGGAGAUGAGCAAGGAGGAGUACGGUGCUCUGCCCGGCUGGAAGCAGGUGAACUUGAAGAAAGCCAAAGGACUUUUCUGAGCCGACCCUUGAGCAGAUGAGUUGAGGAAGCACGAGAGGAGCUUUGAAGGUGUGGGGGAAAGACGUACCAGCUUCUGUGUGUUGGUUCUAAGAGGUGGAUGUAUGUUUUAGUGGCACUUGUGUAAAUUUCUGCUCUGUUAAUGGAUGUACAUGUGUACUAUAUGCAGGAAUGCCUUACACUGUCAGCCCUGCAGCCAUGUAGUGUCAGCAGGUCUGUCAGCCUGCUGAACUCACUCCACACAAGACUCUCAACUAUGUAUGUUUGUGCAUUACAAAUAAAUUAUAUUUAUAUUAAAUCAUGUAGAUUUUUUUUUUUUUUUAAAAAGCUCAACAGAUAUUCAAAAAAUACUAAAAUAAAGCGUAUAAUAAAUGUUGCAGAAGUUCGCGUCUCAUGUACAGAUCACCGUCUGCAGUUUACUGAUCAGAUGAAGCAGCUUGAUGUGAGUCUGUGUCAUUAUUGUGGGGUGGGGUGCAGGCUUGAUUAGAGGCAAAAAAGAAUGCUGAUGAAAUGUUUGAUUUUUAAAUCCUACAGUGUAUAGUGCCUUGCUUUGUGUACAGUUUAUAUACAGAUCCUAGUCUGCAUUUUGGAGACUGUUUUGUGAUAAAGAUGUAAUCUAGAAAUAAACCGGGAAAGUUUGAUAGCUGAACAUUUGUCACUUUUCUGUCACAUGUGCUUCAUACACCUCAAAGUUUCCUGUCAAACUCU